UGGUUGUAUUGAGUAUCCUGUGAGGAGAGGAGAUGAAGCGUGCUGCUGGCUUUGCGGCGAAUCGAAACUUAACGUGGUAACGUAGAUAUCUCCAGCCUCAGAGCUCUACGGGCUUCUUUCUGUCUUUCUUACCGUUCUUCCACGUAUUAUUCCUUCAUUCCUCUGCCUUGCCAUGACUCGCUUUUAAACUUCGUGUCGGGCCAAUGAACUUCCUCACUUCUUCAGGGAGCAACCAUGUCCUCUGUUCGAGAGAAGCGCAAAGAAGAGAUAAGGAAGGCGGUGGCGUUUAUCGAGUCUCCUCUGGCUUUUCCAGAUCCUGAAGGCUACCAGGACUAUCUGACCCAGUUAGUGUGCAACCUGCUGGAGGAGGGGAACGCCUGCUUCAGAGACGGGCAGUGGGAGCAUGCCAUCAGAGAGUUCAGCGAGGGCUUAAAUGUCUCCAGCUAUGCCAAAGGGGAGGACAUCUCGAUCCCUCCCGCUUUGCUGGAGAGCCUGUAUGUCAACCGGGCUGCGGCCUACCAAAGCAUGGGGAAGUAUGACCAGGGCGUCGAGGACUGCAACAGUGCUCUGGUGGUGUGCCUGGAAAGCCGCAGAGCGCUGUACAGGAAGGCGCUGUGUCUGAAGGAGCUCGGGAAGUACAGGGACGCCUACAACUGCACCAGCAGCUGCUUGCUCUCCAACCCCCAGGACAAACAGGUGAAUGAGCUCGCACAGGAGCUGGCCGUCCACCUGGGACUAAAAAUCCGAAAACCCUACGUCAGCUCGAAGGCCUGUGGCAGUAGUUUACAAAAUGGAGUGAAACCCCAGUGCGAUGUUGCACCAGAAAGCCUCGCAAGCGUGCCUACGCUCCCCAUUUCCUCCGUUCUAACCGUCCCCGGCUCCGCUCCGCCCGGCAGGAGGGAAGCUGUGGAGGACUCUGAGCUCAUUGGAGAGGAUUUAGACAGCCUGCUUGACUGUAUUCCGGCGGAGGAAGGCCCAGCCCAGGUGGGCUUCUCAAUUCCCAGCAGGAUGACCACUUCCCCUCACGCCGCUUCCCCUGCCCUCCCCGCCCCAACACCGCAGCUCCCCCCUGCCUUUUUCAGCUCUGCCAUCAACUCUUUUCCCAGCAGCAGCUCUGCUGCAAAAUUGGAUCUCCUGGAUGACCUCUCCCCCUUUGGAAGUGGAGGCGGUGCAGAAGCUCCGAACAUCGUGCAGACCUCCACGGCGCUGAGUGCCCUGGAUGGUCUGGAUUCCCUCGAUACACUUGACGCCUUUGUGGACGUGAAGCCACGCGCUGCUGCUGAGCCCAAAAAGGAGCCUGACAUGGGAGACAAGUCUCUAGACAAACUGCUUGAUGAAGCAGACACCCUUGGGCUUGUUUCUGAUCCAAGUGGUUCGAACGGCGUGGUCCCUAAAAUUAGCGCUAAAGCCACAGAGAAGCUCGACUGCCUUGAUGCCUUGGACUCAUUUCCCACAGUGGGAGGUGUUACCGCUGCUUUGCCAGCAGUCUCGAUUGGGGGAAAAGGCUUGGACACGCUCUCUGAUUUCCACUCAAAUGGUUUCUCAGACCCGCAUGCUGCUGCGCCCGUAAUACAAUCUCCAAAAAAUCGCUACAAAGAGAAGGAAUGUCCCGGGCCUGCUGUGCUCCCUAACCCGCUGUCGUCAACCCACGAGUUCCUGCCGGCCUGCUCCACUUGUUUUCCUCAGGAGGGUGCGUCUGGAGUUCAGUCAGCUCCUCCAUCAAUAGUACUUAGGGGGAUCUACUCUUUUGUUCACAAGCCGGACCUGGCGCACAGCUGCAAGCAAGACAUUCUGUUGUGCAGACGGAAAAAGGGGUUUCCUUUGGAGUGGACCCGAGUGCGGCGGCUGCCCACCUGGACAUCUUUUUCAGGGCCGUUUGUACUUUGCAAAGAGCUGCUGAGGUCUGGUAAUCUGGGCAUCUGUAAGUACGGAGAGAAAUGCUCAUUUGCCUACAACCAGCUGGAAAUAGACGUGUGGACAGAGGAAAGGAAGGGGACACUGGACAGGAACCUGCUGUUUGAGACGCCAUUUGUCAAACUGGACCCUGUGAAUAGCAUCAUUGGCCUCCUGCAGGAAGACAAGGGCAUGUUUAUCUUCCUCUGUCAGGAGUGCUACGACAGUAAACCGCGAAUCAUCAGCAAGCGUUCGAGUUUCAGUCAUUCCAUCUGCUCUAACCUUGACGGUCGUCACAACUUUGAUGCUAAUAAGUGCUUGGCGUUUGUGGUCAGGACUCACAUUGUGAAGUACAAUAAGGUCCGCCCUUACCGUAGUUUCCUGUGCUGGUUGGAUUUGUGCAACUAUGCCAUCCGUUAUGGCUGCCAGAAAGAGGACGACUGUCGGUUUGCCCACUCUGUCAUUGAACUUAAAACCUGGAGGGUUCAGCAACACACAGGAAUCAGCCCAGAUGAGAUUGUGAAAAUAUCAAUGACGUACUAUGAGAAACAGGAGCAAAACCCAAACAAAGAGAAGCUGUCCUUUGGAGCGUGUGGAAGCAAAUCAAAACUCGAAGGAGGCUUUGGGAAGACACUUAAUAUGAAGAUGAAGUUCGCAUGUGCUCAGUGCUGGCGCGAUGGCCUAAUAAGUGAACCAGACAAAGCACUAAAGUACUGCUCUGCCAAAGCCCGACAUAUGUGGACCAAAGACAGACGGGUUCUGCUGGUCAAGUCUCCAGAGAGAAGUAAAUGGGUCCAGGUCCGACCACUGCCCCAUGCCAAGAACUUCCCCUUACAGUAUGAUAUGUGCGCUCAGAUUCUGGAAAAGAGGAAAUGUAACUACCAUGGGAACUGCACCUUUGCUCACAGCCCAGAGGAGAAGGAGAUGUGGAUGUAUAUGAAGAAUAAUGAAUUGAUAGACAUGCAGCAGAUGUAUGACAUGUGGCUGGCUUUAGCCGCCCACAGCCGGCAGGCAGAAGGAGCCACGAACUCACAGCCCUACCCUGAGGGGAAAAGCAUCCCCAUGCCAACUGACUAUGCUGAACCAAUGAAUGGCUUCCACUGUCGGCUUUGCGGUAAACACAGUAACAGUGAGCGACAGUGGCAGCAGCACAUUUCCUCUGAGAAGCACAAGGAUCGGGUGUUCAGCUGUGAGGGAGAAGACGAGGCCCUGACGUGGAACUACCGCUUCCCUGGGACGUGCUUUAAACUCUGCCCCAGGCUGGAUGGCAGAUGCCCUGACGGCGUGAGCUGUGACUACGCCCACAGCCCAGAGGAGCUGCUGGAGUGGACGGAGAGACGGGGUUUCCUGCGGCAGAAGCUGGCCAAAGCCAGGGAAGACAUGCUCAUCAUGCCUGACGACUUUGACUUUGGAAAGUACAACUUUCUUAUGAAGGACUAAAAAGAAAUGUUUUAUUUCUUUUGUAACUGCCAAGCUAACCACUUUUUAGGACCUUUAAAUCAAAGGCAAAGUCUUUUUGUGAAAUUAUCAGAAUGUGUACAGUGAGCCAAAAAAAGAGGGUGGCAUUUUUAAAACUGAUGCACAGAUAUAUUACCCUCCCAUACACAAACAAACAGACAAAAUCUAGCAGUCACAGACCAGCUCCUUUACUGUUGAUUUGUUAUUUGUUCAUAUUCGACUGUACAGCCAUCAGGGCACUAUUUGAAAUGUCCAUAUUCCACUCAGUUCCCCUAAAUGCACAGAAUGUUCAAACCCAGGCCGUGCAUGAAAAUAUUAGGAUACCAAAAAAUGAUUUAAUGUUCAAAUCCACCUUGUUUCAAGCUUGCUGUACUCGUUAUCAUUAGAGAAGGGUGUCAUGUGACAAAUCAUUACUACAGGAGAGCCAGUGACAAAGCAGUAGACUGGUUUGCCUCACGCAAAACAGCAUUAGACAUUACUGGCUGAUAAGAGUCCUGUUAAUUGUUUUAUACUUAGAUUACAUGACUCGGCAAUCAACUGUGUUCACCAACGAUGGUUUUAAGAAGUAUACCGGGAUCGAUGUCCUGAUCUUCCGUUCCAAUUUGUUUUAACUGAAACAUCUUUGAGUCUGAAAAAUGCAAACAUAUGUUAUAUCUUUGAGUUCAACAGUUCUUUUCCUCCAAAGAUUGCAGCAUCCCUGAGAACUGAAUUGAUUGUCAACUUUAACAUUCAAAUGAAAGGGGAAACAGUGUAUCAUCAAUAUUUGAUGUGAUUUCUAAUUAUUUUCAAUUGUAUUUGCCUGCAUUUUCUUUCUUUCUAAACAUUUAAAUAUAAUAAAUAAAACCCUAAAUGUC